GGACGCGUUGCCAUCGCUACCGCCCCCCUCCCCUCCGCAGUGAAGACGCCUGCGAGGGGGGUGUCCCACGACUAGGCCGCGUUGCCAUGGUUACGGCGGCGCCGGGCCGGCUGCUGGCGGGAGGGGCGCGUGCCUGUUUCCCCGGGGGUCUCGGCACUGGGCAGAGCCCAUGGGGGCCCUUUCCUUCCCUUCCCUUCGCCUCCCGGCCGCGUGCUGGAAAUAUGGAAUUACAAUAAUAAUAAAUAAUACAUGCACCGUAAGUACAGAUCAUAAAAACGGAGUUGGGUGGAAGUGAGGCACGCUCACAGAAGUUCUUGCAGGGGUGAGGAGCCAGGCUCCAUCAUCCCGCCAGCCCCGACCGGCCUGAACGUCUGCUUUUGUUCAGAGGGACCACGCUCGCCCAACCUUGGGCGUUUUUCUUUCUCUGAGGACAGGGAUGGGGACCCCCCAGCUAAAUGAGCCCAUUGCAUUCCUGAUGCAAAGCAAGAGGUCUUCAGCAGAGUUAAACCAAGGAAGGAAUUGCCUCAUUUUUCUGUAUCAUUAUUUAGGUAGUGGAAAGCAAUUUUGAAAUGGAGUGCCCCUCCAUUUACAAAAGUUAUGCAGGGGUGUCUUGAGUUCACUGAAGUGUGCCUCGAAUCCUAAACGGUUGAUAACUACAGGUUUCCCUCUGUUUAUGCGGUACAUGCAUUCCUGGAAAACUGCACAUAAACCAAAUUCAUAUAAAGGGAGCUCAGCUUACAAUGUAAGAAAUAGGGAUGUAAAAAAUAGGGUUAUAUUCCCAUCUCCGUGAGGGAGUAAGGCUGGGGGGAGGGGCAUGGCACAGCCCGUGGGCCGCUCCCAGGGCUGCAGCAGGGAGCAAAGUGGGGGAGAUGUCAGUGGGCGCAGGACUCGGGGGUGAGGCUCUUGGUGCUGCGUGCAUCCUGGGGGACCGUGCCAGGCUCUUCCCGGAGGGCGCAUGCCCCCGGAUCUGUGAGCAGGACAAGAGCAGGCUGCUGCUGUAGGCUGGGGCCAGCAGCAGCGCCAGGUUCUCCCCGAGGCUCAGGGCGGAUGGCAGUGCUGGGAGGGGGGCUGCUGCCACCCCAAAAUUUGCUAUAGCCCCCCCCCCCAGCCUGACCUUCCAGCGCCACCACUGAGCGCCUGGAAGAACCCAGUGCCACCACAGCCUGCAGCGGCAGCCUGUUCUCAUCCGGUGCGCAGAUCCGGGGGCACGGAUCCCCCCUCCCCGUCCCACACCCACUGACAGUUCCCUCUGCUUUUCUCCCUGCUGCAGCCUACAGAGCACCGUGCUCUGAACCCCCCAUGGUUCCACUUGUCCCCACUCACCCCAGCUCCUACUGCAGCAGUCCCUGGAGCAGCCAACACAACCUGCCUGCAUCAUGGCACAGCCCAAGAGCUGGGGUGAGUGGGGACAAGUGGAGCCCCAGGGGAUCACAGCAUGUUGCAGUCCAGUGGCUGCAGGCAGCUGGCAUCAGCCACUCUCAGGGCAGCUGUAAUGGGCUGGGGUGAAUGGGGCCCCCAACCCUUUCCCCUCCCCUAACAGACUUACUUGCUUGGGGGGAGGUGGGGGCACCUAUGCUGAUUGCAUAAGAGUGAACUUACCUCUCAUAUAACGAAUUUUGGGUAUAAAAGGUCAUCGUAUAAGAGCGAAUUCGCAUGUACAGAACCCGCAUAAAUCGAGGGAAACCUGUGCUGGCUUAAAUCAUUACCACCUUGCAAGGAAACUUAACUUUGUGUUUUUUACAGGGGAGGUGGACUGAGAACACUUUCAAACAUUAUUGCUUGUCUUAUAGUAACAUUUUUAUUUUGCUAGUUUUAGGGCAUGUCUACAUGUUCAUUAAUGUGCUGUAAUUACAGCGCAUUAAGUUUAGUACCUGUAAUUACUUAAUGCACUGUAAUCAGUGCUACUGCACAUUAGCACAGACGAAUGCUUUUUAAGUGAUACUUAAUACCCACUGAACUAAUCUACUGUGCAUUACCAUGUUUUUUGCAUGACAUGCUAACGCACAGUAGAAUUAGUCCAGUGGACAUGAAGCGUCUCAUGUGGUAAUGUAGUCUUUGUAACCACCCUGGACUUGUGAUUUUAAUUUAAUUUAAUUUAAUUUAAAAACAAAUUAUAUGUUCUGAUUUCCUUGCCUGUUACUCUGGUCCCUGCACAGACCCACUAAAACCUCAUUUGGUUAUUCAAAGUGAAUGCUGUGAAGGGUAGGAUACACCACAUAGUACAGGUUUCCCUCGCCAACCAUAGUGGUUAGGUUCAUGAAAGUUCCCAUGGCUGGCAAAACCGUGGUUGGUAAGACAAACGGCUUAUGGGAAAAAUGGGGUUAGGGAUUUGAAUAUGAGUUCCAGCCUACAGGGAGUUCAGAGGGAGUGGAAGGAAGGUGGUGAGACAGGGGGCGCCACGUGCAUGUACAGUACGUGCACGUGGCCCCAGGCAGCCUGCAGAGCAGCUCCAGCAGGUAAGUGUGGGGGAGAGGGGGAUUGAGGCCCCUGUAGGGAUGGAGCUGCUGCCCAGCUGGGCAGUGCUUGGGGCUGGCAAUGAGCAGCUGCAGGGCCCCAGUGGGGAGCAGGAUGGGGCUCAUCCAGGGGAGGACCAGCUCCCUGCCAGCGCACGCACUCCUAAGGGGCAGGGGAGAUCCCCAAAUCUAUACAUGGGACAGGCGUGGGCUCCCGCCCUGCUUCCCUCCUCUGGAGUCUCCGCCAACUGGCAGCCUUGACCUGGUGCGGCUGGGGACAGUGGGGCCGCACAGGAAUCUUGCCACGGCUCGCCCUCCCCACUGCCCUGGUGAUGUGCCUCCUGCACCUGCCGCUACUUUGAGGGGCGCAGCCCCAUGCUGCUGCCCUUGCUGCAGCCCCGUGCGCAGGAGGUGCGUCACCAAGGCAGGAAGGGAAGCAGGGCAUCAGGGUGGUGAACAGCAGCGAGCAGCUUCUUGGAGCAGGCCCACUGUUCCCUGCCAUCCUGCUUCCCUCCCUUGUGACCUGGCAGGUCAGGGAGCAGAGGAGUUGCGCAGGGAUCUCUUCACCUGCUGCUGGUCACCCUGCACUGCCUUGGCUGCCCUGCCCAAGCCCACAGCAGCAGCAGAGGGGAGUGGGGGCACGGGGCUGCAGACCUGAGUCCAUGGCCCUGGCAGCCAGGGGCCCCCUCUGGCAGGGCUGGGGGAGCAAAACCGUGGAUACUCAAAACUGUGGUUGGUGACGGAAACCUAUACCAGUCACCUAUAUAUAGUGCUUUCUGUUUUAAAAAAAGAGAUGCAUGCACCAGACAAGGUGGGUUCUUACAAUGAUGGUUUCACAAUGUCACUUCAGAGUUAAAGCUGUCUCUGAACCUGAACUGGAUGAAAUGGGAAAAUACUAGUUUCCCCUAAUGGACCACAGGAACAUCAUUUCUAAUCCUAAAGCAUUCUACCAGCAGCCACACAGCACGUUUAGUAGUUCAUUUUGCACCAUUUUGGGGAAAUAUUUUGCCUGAUUUUCUGCUAAUUACUUUUCCUCUUUCUUGGACAGGAAGAACCUCGUCAGUCGUAUCCUUUCUGUAAAUUCCAUCCUUCACACUGAGGGAGGAGCUGUGAUAACAUUUGGAAUGGAUGAUUUGCUUCUUGCUUAAUAAGUUUACACAAUGUUAUCUUCAUUGUUACCCUGUUUUAUCUUAUCAGCAAUCAGCACCAUCUAUUUGAGGUUCUAGGAGUAACCAGUAGCUUCUCAGGGAAUGUAUGCACUGCAGAGUUAACUCUGGUGCUGCUACAUCUUGGCUCCUGACCAAGUUAAUCAGAGAGAAUAGGCUUUUAGAAAUGUAUGAGAGAGAGGAGGAUGGGCGGACUGGUCAGUCCAUAGUAAUGCCCUAUAGACAAAUGAGAUUUGUAGAGUAAUCUUCAUGAAAUCUGUGCAGCACACACCCCUGAGACCUGACAUUACACAGCUGACAAGAGGUACUAAAAAGGGUUCCAUAGCACUCCCUUUUUUCUCCCUUGAGUUAAAAUCUUGAUGUCCCCCACGCACACACCCACUCCCUUUCACCCUUGCCAAAGGCUUUGUAACCACCUAAGAAAAAAGGCAAAUUAUUCUUCAAAGAUUUCUGCUACUGGAAUUUCUCCAGCAUUUUGCUCCACCUUCCUUCAACUAGAGAAACAUGAAAACCAAGUUCUGCUUGAAUAAGAUUAACAACCUUGGGAACUUGAAUACACCCAUUCAUCACAUGCAGGUGCUGUCAUCCAAAACUAGAUGAGAACCAAUGCUAUAUAAUAUAGAGAGGAUCAGAGUAUCAACCUCAGUCUUAGGAAUGAUUCAACAAAUAUGGCUAGAAAUCUGGGGCCAGAAUUUCUGUAUGGGCAUUCUUCUACAGCAGGGGUUUCCAAACUAUGGCACGUGUACGCAAGACAUCUUGGGAAGCAGGGUAUGCAGGAGAAACUAAUGGUGGAUUUAAUUUUCAUUAUUAUAAUAAUAAUUGGCAUUUAAAGGUUUAAAAUAUAAAAUAUAUGCUGGUAGGGGUAUGCAGGCAGCUGGUAAAUCUGGAAGGGGGGACACAAUAAGAAAAAGUUUGAGAACCUCUGUUCUAAGGAAAGUGUCUAUAGUACAUGGGUAAGAUGUUCAAGCCGGCACUUGCAGUCCUCCCUACACCCAGGAAUGGUGUCUAACAAGCAACCAGUGAGCUACUAAGAUAAUACAGCUGAAAUAGCAGGGUUGUUUCAAUACUGAACUCUGCUAGCUAGGCAGUGCUUUCCCAGCAUACCAUACUUUCUUGCAAGCCAUUCCAAGACAUUUUGGGUGCAUAUACACAAUCGGGGAAGCUACUGUGAUGCACUGUAAUUCCAGCAUGUUGGAGCAUAGCAAUUGCUGCGCUCCAGCAGCAUCCUGUGCCUUGCAUAUCAGCAUCCCUGUAGUUCAAAAUUGCGGCGGGGCGCUUCAUUUAAAGUUCGUUAGAUGCUCCUCCUGGGGCACGUGUCUAAACACCCCUUGUUUUUGGAAAGGCAGAACGAAGAAAAAAAAGAUUUUUCCAGAAUUAGGGCCACACACAAUAGAGACAGCUUGCUCACCCUUCAUUUGCUGUUCAGACAAAACACCAUUUUAACCCUUUCACAUCUGAACUGUCAGCAGAUCUAGGAUUUGGGGGGAAAAAACCUAAAAGCAGCCUGCAGGACUGUGAAAUAGGAGAAGAGACUAGUAGCUAACAAAAAGCAAAACUGCUGAAGAAACAACAGCUUCAUUUGUGGAAUAUCGAGACUUAAGAAAGAAAGGGUUGUCAGCACCUCUGGAGUGAAAAGCAGAGAGCAAAAUUGCCAAAGAUAAGAUGGCUUGAUCAUCAAGACCAUAACAAGAAGAGAAGGUCCACUAAUGCCUGUUGAGUGAAGAGUAAUUAGCAGGAAUAGAGUAGAUUAUAAUAAACUAUGAAGUCAAGUGACUCCCUCAGGGUUGCCUGCUUAAUGCUGUUCUUGUGGGCAGAAAAUCAGCUUCUCAUUUUAGGACAUGCUUUAGGAAGCCUGAUUCUUGGGAGCAGGAUAUGUGUGGCUUAUAAAUUUGGUGUAUUCUUGCUGCAGGUUUUAUCUGACUGGCAAAUGGGUGGUGAAGGUUUGUUCCAUUAGUCUAGGAUUUGGGAAACCUGGAUUAAGUCCCUGAGUGCAUACAUUCUUCAUUUGUAAAACAGGGUUGACAGCACUCCCCACCCCCAUUCACACAGGUAUUGUGAACUUAAGUACCUUAAAGAUUGUGAGGAAGAUCCAAUGCAACAGUAAUGGGAGCCAUAUAAGCACUUAAUGUAAAAAAAAAAAAUUAUACAAAUCCCACCUUCAGACAGCAAGCUAUCAUUCUGAAUUCAUGGCAUUUUUAAUCCAAAUUUAAUGUAGUUUUCCCCCUCAAGAUCCCUAUUAUCUUGGCUAUAUGGGUUGUUAUGGAUAGUGACUUUGUUUUUAAAAACAAUGUGCCCAGAAACACUAAUGAAAGAGAUCUCAACUGGAUUACUAUUAAAGAUCCUUAAUAACUUCUGCCAGCUGUCAUCUGUUCCUUUACAGAUUUUGUUCUACUUAAAUCGAGUUUAUUACAUAUUUUAUUUCUUGGCAACUCUUCUUAUGAUUAUUUAUAAGAGUCAAGUUUUCAGUUAUCCAGAUAAUUUUUUGGCACUUGAUCUUGCUUUGCUAUUCAUUAUGGCCAUUCUGGAAGCAGUCCGAUUAUACUUGGGUACAAAAGGUAACUUGACAGAAGAAGAAGCUUCACUAGGGGUCAGUCUUGUGAUCACUGUUGGCAGUGCCAUCCUGUCUGUCUAUUUCUUGGUAUGGGAGACCUAUGUACUGAAAGCAGACGUCAUUAUAAAUGCUAUUCUUCUUGUGACGUAUGGGCUUGAAGCAAUACUACAGAUCAUUGCCAUUGCUGCAUUUGUCAACUAAACUUCUGCUCUGCCCAGCAUUGUACAGGGCAUCUUUUUCUGAUGCAGUUCGUCAGGAAAAGGGACAAAGGUGCACCUUUAAAGGGUUCCUUGCAAAAGUAUUUGGUUUAAUUUUCUCCACUGUAAAAACUGAAAAAACUCCUCUUCCCUAUAUUACAAGGUAUGUUUAUAGCUUUUCUCUGGCAGGAACUUCCCUGAAUUAGAAAUGAAAAUAUUCUGAACAGUGGUUUUGCUCCACUGUCUGACCAAUUAAUUUGUUCAAAAGCUAAGACCAUGAAUUACCAAACUACUGAAGUACAUGUUUCGAUUUAAGCAUAUGAAUAAUUCCCAUUGAAACCUGCAGGAAUGCUCUGGGUUUACAGUUAGGCAUAUAUGCAAAUAUUUAGCAAACUGAAUUCCUGUAUGGAUCUGUGGUAUGUAGAGAUGUAUUUUUAUAAAUGGUUGAUUUAGUGAUGAGCCAAAUAUUUAUAUCCACAUCAAAACAAAUACAAACCUGUGUAUUACUCUGGUUAUACAUUGGUUUUAAUUCCAUUGAUUUUAAUGGCAUCAUGCCAGUAUAAAACCCCGGUAACACAGAUCUGAGUCAGGAAGAGGCAUAACAAUGUGGCCAGGCAUCCAAGGCAGCUGCUGCAUACAGAGGCAACAGCAGCUUCCAGGUGCCACCACUGGUGCAACUGGCCAUGUCAUUAUGUGGCGACAGCUGUAUUUUUCCAUCCCCGCUCCCCAAAGCUGGCAUCUGAGGUAGCUGCCACUGGAUUCAGGCUUUACAUUAAAAGCAGUGAAUCAGAUCCUAUAUGCUAUGGGCUUAUUUCUGCCAUACUAUAUAUAGGAUUGUAUUUGAGGGAAGAAUUUUGCCCUAUUAUUCAUAUUCUGAUUUGACUUGUGCCUCCUCACACGAGCAUAGCUAUACUGACUCCGUGGUGUAACAUCUCAUUUAUCCUUGGGUAUGUAAGAGCAAACAGUGGCUUGAUCUACACUACGCAAUUCAAGGGCAACACCACCUCCCUGAAUCAAAGAUGGCUUCGGCUGCCACCUGGCAUGUCUGCCUUUUGCCAGCUUCUGCAGCUCCUUUAACAGCAAGGUCUACUCUGGGUGCGCAGUUGCUAUAGUUGGUACUCUAAAAUCUCCUUGAGAAGAUGGUCGGCUGUGUGCUGCCAGAACUGCUGGUGGCAGAAGCAGGCUAGUAUAAACAAGGCCAAAACUGAGUCUCAUAUAUGCACAAGGGAGUUGAAUGAUCCUUGCUUUGGCAGCCGUGGACUCAGUUGUCUACAUUAAGGCCAGCGUCAGCAUUGUGAAGGCCAUCAGGGGACUUUAAUAUGGGUGGACCUUAAAGGGACCUCACUGUCAUGCACAUUGUUGGGUGUCCUUUGUAUUGCUACAGCAGCCUUAAUAUAAAUGAAAAUCAGGUGCCCUACCAUUGAACUUCCUGACUUUAAAGACUGGGUCUAAUGUUGUUGACAGUUUUUAUAUUUAAUAUGUGAUGUGACUAUUUUUGUAAAUUUCUCUUCCUGUUCUGCAAAAUUACUACUUUAAGAGUUGUUCUCCUAAAGGAAGUAUUGUAUGCAAGCCAAGUUUUUCAGAUGACUGUAUUUUUAAGCAAUAAUGUGAUCCCAUGGUGGAAGUUGUACAGGCUAUAAGCUGUGUAUUCAUAACAUUUUAUUUUUAUAUCUAUAUUUAAAAAAUAAACUAUCAGACCAAG